GGAGCCUCGAACCUCAACCGCGUUAACUGCAACUUGUCGAAAGAGACUCUCGCAAGAUGACGGGGUCUCCAGAGCCAACUGAGAUUUUUGAGUCGGAUGGAUCUGAGCAUCCUGAAUUGUUUGCAGAUCUUGCAGAUGAUGAAGUGGUUGAAGAGCUUUUCCGACUCGGACGAGAGAGAGAUGGCUUGACCAGAGAGGGCCACAGAAAGCGAGAAUUACGUUCGAACAAGCUCGAGAUCAGACUGGGCAACAACAGCCCUGAACUGGGAGCGCCGGUCGGCCAUGAAGAGCCCAUCCAGAUUGGAGGUGAAACGAUCAGGGGUACGCCAAAAGAUUAUCCAGACUAUGCAGGGCACUUAGAAAAUCUUAAACACCUGUGCCGGGAUGGGUGUUUGAGACCAGAAUCGACAAUAGACCUCGACGAAGCUAUUCACAUUCUGCGAGAACUUACAGAAGCGACUCCAGAGAACAAUCCACAACGAGCAGCACGUUUAAGCAGUCUUGGAAUCCUACUUGCUGAUAAAUAUUCGAGGAUAGGGGGGAUAAAUUAUCUUGACGAUUCCAUUCAAGUCGGAGUGGAGGCUGAGAUGCAAACUCCAGAGGAUCAUCCAAAUCGGAUCAUGCGAUCAAACAACCUCAUGAUCAGACUCGCCCUCAGAUACACUAGAACAAGAAAGAUUAGUGACCUUUCAGAUGCUAUUAAAAUUGGACGAGAGAUUGUCGAUGCAAUGCCAGAGGGCCAUCCAGACUAUGUCGAGAACCUGGACGCUUUCGGAACGACCCUCCGCAGCAGAUAUCUGACGACAAACGAGAUAGACCAUCUCACAGUGGCCAUCAGAGUCCAGUUAGAAGCUGUUAGGUUAAUGCCUGAAGGCCAUUUAGCUCAGGCUAAGUAUCUAAGCAAUCUUGGACUUCUGCUCCACGACCGAUAUUCGAAAACAGACACAAUGAGUGAUCUUGAAGAGGCUAUUAUGCUGGGACAGGAAUCUAUUGAUCUAAUGUCUGAAGAUGAUCCGAACAGCGCGAAUUAUCUAACUCGUCUCGGAAAUGAACUCUACGACAAAUACACGAGAACCAAAGCGAUAAUCGACCUUCGAGAAGCAAUCUCGAAUUAUAAGUCUGGGUUACAUCAGAUCUCCUCGCCUACUAUCACGCGAAUCCUAGCCGGCAGAAAAGCUCUCCAGCAUUGUGCAAGUAUUUCAGAUUGGCAGCAAGCCUACGACGUUGCAAACACUACCAUGCAUCUCAUCCCCGAGUUGAUAUCACGAUUACAUGAUGAUUCCGAUAGGCAACAUCUUCUGAGCCAACUGGUCGGCCUCGCCUCUGAUGCAGCAGCGGCGGCAUUGCACGCGGAUAAAGAGCCAUCAGUUGCUCUGAACUUCCUAGAGGUUGGGCGCGGCGUGCUCGAGGCAUCAAUUGAGGAGUUGCGGAUAGAAAUUGAUGAUCUCAAAGAGAAAUACCCUGAGCUAGCAGAGCAGUUUCUCCAAUAUCGGAACGGACUUGGUGGCGGCUAUCUGGGUGAUCCAUAUCGUAUGUAUCAGCCGAGAGAGAGUCGUAUUUACGAGGUGAAUGCUGGGCUGGAUAAGCUAUUCGUCAAGAUUCGUAAGCUACCAGGGUUUGAAGACUUCCUGCUGGUCCCGAGCGAGGAGGAAAUGCGGAUUGCUGCGAAGAAUGGCCCUAUCGUCGUCAUAAAUGUGAGCAACUAUCGCUGCGAUGCAAUACUUGUGGAGGAGCACCGGAUACGGUCAUUGGCUUUACCUAACUUCAAUAGUCAGGAGAUUAAGGAUAAGGCAGAGCAAGGUGAUCUGGGGAGUCUUCCUGUUCUGAGCUGGCUGUGGGACGUCGUCACGCAUCCGAUCAUAGAUGCCCUAGGAUAUACUCAGCCUCCGUCUGAGGGCAAUUGGCCGCGUAUAUGGUGGAUCCCUACAGGUGCUCUCAGCAAAUUUCCUCUGCAUGCUACUGGAAAUCAUAUCAGAGGUUCUUCCGAAUCAGUACUUGAUAUGACCUUGUCAUCGUAUAGCUCGUCAAUCAAAGCGAUCAUAAACACCCGUCGACGUCGCAAUCUACCACCUCUAAGAUCCUGGGCUCUGCUUGUGGCUAUUGAGAAUACGCCGGGAAGUCCUAGACUCCCUUUCGCGACGAAAGAAGUAGCAAUGUUAGAGACUCUAUGUAGAGAAAUGGGUAUCAAACCUAUCAGGCCAGGCCCGGGCCCACGAGAUGUCGGUCCACUUUUGCUGCAAUGCAAGAUUUUCCAUUUCGCUGGCCACGGUCAUACAGACAGGGAUCCAUUAAAAAGCCAUUUCGUGCUGGAGAAAGGUAAACCGCUAUCCAUAGCUACUCUUCUAAAAAUGAAUAUGCGAGCAAGGCCACCAUUUCUCGCCUACCUCUCCGCUUGCGGGACUGGUAGGGUCAGAGAUGAGAGAUUUGUUGAUGAAAAUAUCCAUUUGAUCAGCGCAUGUCAGCUAGCGGGAUUUCGACAUGUUAUCGGCACUCUAUGGGAGGUCAAUGAUGAAUUGUGCGUAGAUAUGGCAAGGGUUACUUACGAGGGAAUGAGAGACGGAGGUAUGACAGAUGAUUCGGUGUGUCGGGGGCUCCAUAAAGCUAUAAGAGAACUUCGAGACCAAUGGCUAGAGAGUUCCACUGAGGCCGAACAUAGAAGCAGGUUGAUGGGGAAACGAGAUACAUUGGCAAGAGAUGAUUCAGGGAGCUCAAGUGAUGGAGGUCAAAGGCGUGAUGACUUGCCUAGAGAUAUUGUUUCGUGCGAUGACUACGAAGACAAAAGACCAUUGCUCUGGGUUCCUUAUGUUCAUUUUGGCGUAUAAAUUAUCGACGAGCCAGCAAAAUAUCAAACAUCAAGCAAUGGCGUAUGUAAGAUAGAAGUGGAUUAUUAUCUCACUAAUAUCUACUUCAAAGAUGU